CAAAGCAAUAUUUAAUACAAAAUCUUUUCCCCACACAACACAACAAAACCAACGUCGUCACCCUUCUUUUUCAUCUUUCUCUUCUUCUUCUUCUUCUUCUUUAUCCCUCUCUCCCUCUCCACGCUCAACCUACAGCACCUCCUUUUCUGAAUCUGAUACAAGCUCCGUUUUGAAGGGUCAUUUUUACUUGUUUCAAGAGCAAGUAGUGGAAGGUGGAUUGACCCUUUAGCUUGGUAAAAGCAUCAGGAUCAAAAAGAUCAUUUUUUUUUCUUUGUGGGUAUUGGAUUUUGAGUUUGUGUUGACCUAGAAAAAUUGAAAUGGUGGGUAUAUUUUCGAGAUUUUCUGUUGGAAGGAACAUCCACCGACGGACGCAAAGUGCUCUGGAUGAGAGGGAAGUAAUGCCCCCAAAUGCGGAGGUUGCUGCCGCAGCAAGUGCCGCCGCUGCCGCCACUCCACAUGGAAUUGAAGUGGCAGUGGAGUUUAAGCCAGUUGAGCACCCAAUUGAACCCCUUGACAAUGAUAGACCGAUUCAGUGCCCAUUACCUGAACCAUCAAUUCUAAAUGAUGGAAGAAUAUGGAAGGAGCGAGUAUCUGCCACUGUUCGGAGAAGAGGCGACUUGCCGGUGAUGAAAGAAGGAGGAGCCCUUGAACCUGAAGUUGCCGGCACAAAGCCUCGGACAUCCCAGUCUAACAGAAUGAUUCUUCCAUCUCUUAGUGCUCCAGAGCACAAUCUCUUAAAACUUCUUGAAGAGUGUAAUGCUUCAGGCAUUUAACCUGGUACUGUUUCUUAAUGUUGUAAUCUGUUCACAUAAAUUGCAUCUUCUUAAAGUGGGAUGCAUUGUUGUAUUUCCUUCACCCUUUUUAUUUUUAAAUGUUAUUUAUUAAAUAUAUUAGGAGGAGAGUCUCAGAGCAAUGAUUGAGUUAUCUCCAGGUGAACUCAGAGUCACGUGUUCGAGCCGUGAAAUUCGAUGCAUGCAUUAGGUUAGGCCAUGUAUAUUACGCCAUUUGUGCGCGGCCGUUCGCCGGAUCCUGCCUAACACCGGAUGUUUUGCAUCGGACUGUCCCUCUUGUUUACUAAAUAUAUUUAAAUUAUAAUUUUCAAACA